AUGAUGCAAAACUACGAACCCCUAAUAAAGUAAAAGUAAAAUCGGAUCACAAAGGAAAAUAUAUUCCAAUUGAAAUUCCUAUUACUUAUGAGCAAGUGAUAGAUAAUUCAUCUCAACAUUCUCACAAUCGUCCAAAAGGUAUUCAUCAAUUAGAACAAAAGGUUGACGCCCUUGGUUCUCAAUUAAAUCAGAUUGAACAGAUGUUAAGCUCUUUGGUUCAAUCUCCUAAAGUUAUUAAUUGUAUCAAAGAUAAUUUGAAUAGUGUCAAAGAUGAUUUUAAUAAUGUCAAAGAUAGUUUGAAUAAUGACGAAAAGAUUGAUAAAAAGGAUAAUACUGAUGAAAGUAAAAACACAACCGAAGAAAAUUUAAAUUCUCAGGCAAAAAAUGUUACUCCUAAAUCUUCUGAUAAUGAAGCAUCAAAAAAUUCAACAAAAACAAGUCACGAUCAUAUUCAUUACUGUAAUAAAUGUGGUCGCCAGAAACUUCUUGAUGAAUGGUGUGAACCAUGUGAACGAGAUAAUUUCAAAUCCAACUUUCCUAACUGGACUAGUGGAAACGAAAUCAUUGAUACCUUUAUACGAGAGACUCAACUUUCUGCCACCACAAAGUUCAAUUUCUUAGAGUGGAUUCCUUACUCUAGUUUAACUAAUAUUAAACCUGUCGGUAAAGGUGGAUUUGGUGAAGUUUUUUCUGCAAAAUGGAUUGACGGUCCAAGAACUAAAUGGAAUGUGGAAAAAGAAGUUUGGGAAAGAUAUUCUAACGUCAACGUCGCUUUAAAAAGUUUACUGGAAUUAAAAGAGGAAGAUUUUACUAGCGAGAUCUUUAAAGAGCUCAAAUCCCAUUUAAUGUCUAACGAUCAAGUGGUAGGUCGUUUCAAUAUUUUACGCACCUACGGCAUGACCCGUGACCCCGAUUCAAAGAUCUAUAUGAUAGUAAUGACAUUAGCUGACGAUGGUGAUUUGUCUGCAUACUUGAAAAAACAUUUCUCUUCACUUACUUUUAUAAAAAGACUUGAUAUUCUUUACGAUAUGGCCAUUGGUUUAUGUCAAAUUCAUAAAUCUGGACUCAUGCAUCGUGAUUUACAUAGUGGUAAUGUGAUGUGUCAACGACUAAAAGGUAGAGAUCCAGGCCGUGAUGAAGAAUAUCGAUUUGUGAUUGACUUGAUGCAAAAAUGUUGGAGCGGUAAUAUUGAAAAAAGAUCAACUGCAUUAGAAAUAUAUUCGGCAAUUGGGACAUGGUUAAAUCAAUGCUUAUUUGUUCCAAAUUCUAAUACUGCUAAAGAAUUUAAAAGGGGAGAUGAGCUAAGCUCAAAAACUCCAAGUUUACAAAAACUGCAUCCAAAUAAUGUUCUGUAUAGUACUUAUCAUGAUGUUAAAGAUUCCAUAGAUGACGAAGACAACGAAGACUCCGCUUUUGAGAUCCCUGAUUCUUUGGACGAAGACGCAGAUUCUCUAGAUGAUGUUGAAGAUUCCAUAGACAAUAUAGACUUAGAUGAUAUUCCUAUAACUCCAACUGAUGAAUCAUCAGUACUAAAUAAGUUAAAUAUCGAAAAUAUCAAAAAAGAAAUUGUUUCUAAGCCUUCAGCUCAACCAAUAAGUUCAACUAAUAACGAUGUUAAAGUAAAAGAAAAUG